AAGCCUCUCAGAACCGAUUAGGAGUGUAUUGUGCUGAGUCUCGUGGCUAUGGCGAAGCGCAUGCGCCAUGCUGCGCUUUCUCGCCUCGAGCACUGAAUUCCAGAAGCGUCCGUCCAGUUUUGCUUUGCCACACUGCAUUCUGCAGCUCUGGUUUUAGCUCGUUAUAGAUUUGAAACCCUUGCGUAGUAGUCUGGAUAACAAUCCCGCUGACUGUGCAACUUCAUUAGGUCAGUGCCUGUCCAGAAGAAGUUGUAGGAAUUGUUUGAUGGAUGUAGAAGCAAACUAGCAGUAUUAAGUGGCGGUACAAGAGGUGCUGUCGAACUUUGUGUGGUUGGGGACCGUGAGGAAGGAUGGCGUUUCGUGACUUGGUGAUGGGAGGCGCCGGGUGUGCAGUCCCCGGGCAAGAUGGCGCGUCGUCUUCGAAUCCCUUGGGUGGCUUGGCUGACUCGAUCAUUGGCUCUGCAUCUAAAACUCAGGAGAGGAUCCGGGAGAUGCCAGGAUUAGCUGGAGCAAGCCAAGCUGGACCUCAAUUUGGCCGAAAUGGACCGCUUACCUCGCUUCCUGGCUCUGAAUUUAAUCAAGCCCAAUGGCAUGAUGGGCAGGUGCCGGAGUACAUGCGAGGAUUUCAGAGUGCGGACCCAAGAGAAUUCACAGAUGCUUGGAAUCAGUCUGUGGAAAGGUGGCCUCCUCCCCCACAGUUAUCAACGGUUCCCGGAAAUCAGGAAGGAGCGUUAUUCUCAGAAUUUGAUAGUAUAUACGGGCAACAAGCUGGUCCAUCCGGUGCGCCGUUGUUAGAUGCCCCACCACAGCGUGUGUUGAAUAAUUUUCUUCAUUCUUUCUUCGACAGCAGUCGAACGAAUGCUCCUUUUCCUGCUGUUAGGCUGCCAGAGCUUGGACUUUCUCAGGCUGACAAGCGUCGGAUAAGGGACCGUAGUCACAUCAUGGGACGCCACAUAUUUGCUGACAAGGGCGAUACUUUUGUUGAUUCUCAGGUCAAUGGUCUUCUACAUUCCUUGGAUAUUGAUGAAAGUUUGGGAGCCCAAACUCGUGGUCCACUUGCUGGUCAGAUUCCAGAAUUUGAGCAAUUGUGGAAAGAGGGUUUUGCUCAGAGUAAUAUGCAAGUUGUGCCAAGACCUCCUAUGUCACUUGGAACUCAGUGGGCAAAUGAAUUUCACAGCCAAGUUGGGCCUUCUGGGGCUCCUCAAGGCUGGGCAGAUGAGUUUGACAAUCUACAGACUGGCAAUAAUUGGGCCAAUCAGAUGCAAGAGCAGCAAAGUCUGAGUCAUCUUCGUAACGGGCAAAUGGGCAAUAUGGCUGGGAUGGAGCAAACUCGUUCACUUGUUCAGACUUUGUCUCAAAACCAGGACCCAAAAUUCCAGAGUUCCAAAUUUUUGCAGUUUGUAUCGAAAAUGAGUCGUGGAGAACUUAUCGUGGAAGAUAAUCAGGUCAAGUCAGCCACGACAAAUGCCGAUGCUUGGGCUAAUGAGUUUCAACAACAGCAUCCUGAAUCAUGGGCUGCAGAGUUUACUGCAGGAGAGCAUCAAUUCAGGGGUGACACUUGGGCAAAUGAGUUUGCAAGGGGUAAACCUGAACCUGUUACAACUAAUGACGCUUGGGUUGACGAGUUCUCAAAGUUGGGAGUGAAGGAUUGGGCUGAUGAGUUCGGGGAUCAGAUGGCUAGAGGUGCUCUCGGAGAUGACGUCAGUUCAGAAUGGGUUGAUUCAUAUGAUCAGUUUGUGGAAGAGUCAGUGAGAGGAGAACAAAUGAAAGCUGGGUCCUCGCGCUUCGUAUAUCAAUUUGCGGAUAAUAAUCCUUACGUGGGGCAUCCCAACCCGCUCAAAGAAGGUCAGGAACUUUUUCGGAGGGGAUUACUUAGUGAAGCGGUUUUGGCUUUGGAAGCUGAGGUGCUGAAGAAUCCUGAUAAUGCUGAAGGAUGGCGGUUACUCGGGAUCACACAUGCUGAAAAUGAUGAUGACAGACAAGCAAUUGCUUCUAUGGUCAAAGCAAGAGAUGCUGAUCCCUCCAACUUAGAGGUUCUUCUGGCUCUUGGCGUGAGCCACACUAAUGAGCUGGAGCAAGACGAAGCUUUGCGGUACCUUAGAGGAUGGUUACAGCACCAUCCUAAGUAUGGCGCACUUGUCCCAGGAAAUGUUUCGGAACAACUAAUUCCUUCAGAGGUCGAGGGCCUCUUCCUAGAAGCUGCUCAAAUGUCCCCAGAGGACAGUGAUAUACACACAGUUUUGGGUGUAAUUUACAAUUUAUCACGAAAUUAUGUCAAGGCCAUCAGUUCAUUCGAAAGAGCUCUUCAGUUGAAGCCCCGCGAUUACUCUUUGUGGAAUAAACUAGGCGCAACUCAAGCAAAUAGUUCACGAAGUGCUGAAGCUAUUUAUGCUUACCAAGAGGCUCUGGAUUUGAAGCCCAACUAUGUGCGAGCAUGGUCAAAUAUGGGAAUUGGUUAUGCAAAUCAGGGGCUCUAUGAGGAAUCGAUCAGAUACUAUGUUCGGGCCUUGGAGAUGAAUCCGAAAGCAGAUAACGCUUGGCAGUACUUGCGCAUUUCUCUCAGCAUUGCAUCACGAAAUGACUUGUUGGAUGCUGUUGAGAGAAAGGAUUUGAGCGCUUUGGCGAAGGAGUUCCCACUAUAAUUUAUCAUAUUCAAUUAAUUAUACAGGUUUAGUUAUCUGUAUGCUCUUGAAUAUGUUCUUUAUUAAUUACGAUGUAUUAAGAUUCUGUUACGUAAUAUGAAAUGAGUUUGAUCUUUUUGGA